ACGACUCUGUUUCUCUCUCUCUCUCUCUCUCUCUCUCUCUCUCUCUCUCUAUCCUCUGUGUGUAAGGCUCGAACAAGAAGAGGGCGAAGAUGAUGCACAUGACCCUCUACUGGAGCAGGUACGUCACCCUCCUCUUCGAUUCAUGGCGGACCGACUCCUGGCCCAGCUACCUCCUCUCCCUCGCCGCCUGCUUCCUCUUCUCCGCCUUCUACCAGUACCUCGAGGACCGCCGCCUCCGCUUCAGAUCCCUCGCGUCCUCCUCCUCCGCCGCCGCCGCCGCGUCCCCCCCGCCAGCCUCUGCGGCCGCCGCCGAGGCGUCCCCGCUCCUCCAGAAGGCCGGCGCAUCCGGGCUGGCCAGAUCCGCGAGGGUCGGGGCGGCGCUGCUCUUCGGGGCCAACUCGGCGAUCGGAUACCUGCUGAUGCUGGCGAUCAUGUCGUUCAACGGUGGGGUGUUCCUGGCCAUCGUCGCGGGGCUGACGGUGGGUUACUACGUGUUCAGGUUCGCGGACGAGGGUGGGGCCGUGGUUGUGGAUAAUCCGUGCGCCUGCGCUUGAGGUUGUCCCUGCUCCUCCUCCUCCUCAAAAAAAUCUGUUAUUUUUCAACUGUCUUUUGUCCGAUCUCCUCUGUUUCUCGUCGUUGUAAUUUCAUCUCUGAAUCUGUUGUAUCAAUCCGCGAACGUCGACGCGAAACAUAGUUCUUGGAUCUGAAUGAAUGAUCUUGUUUGUGUAUACGAAA